UUCGCGUUCGAUUAAGGGGGCGUGGUUAGAAUGCUUUCACACGCUAUUGGCCGCUGCCUCACAGGGGGCGUGUCUGUUGACUUCAUUCACAAAUCUAGCAGCGGAGUAUCUCGCCGACAUGUGAAUUUGACUCUGCUCAUAGUGGUGAACACAUGUCCCGGCUACGCAAAUGUGAGCGCUGCAGCAGCAUCAGCAGACCAACCAACGUCUCCUGCGCUGAGUAAACGUUAAUACCAUCAUGACUUAGGGGUUAAUUACACCUAAGCAUGUAUCGGUUAUCUUUUAAAACUGCAUCCUAAUGUGGGAGCAGGAAUGGUCAGUGUACCAACCCAUCUAAGCCAACACAGAAUCUGGCCAUCUAAAAAAUGUAGCAGAAAGAUAAAACCAUUUUAAACAUUUAACAUUUAGAUUAAGUGAUAAAGCAAUUCUUUCACUGUAUUUGUCCUGAUUUUAAUGCUGUUAAAUAUAAAAGGCUCAUGAAACUGCAAGAAAAUAAUGGUUACGUACAUGACACUUCUUUUCCAUAGUCAAAUACUUCAUUUCUGCUAUCACAGUUAUGUAAAAUUCCUGUAGUUUAGAGGAGGGUAAGACUGGCAGACAGGUGCAGUGCAGAGAGGACACAGCAGCAGUAAUUGUUCUCCAGCUGUUCUGGUUUCCAGGUGAAACGUGAGAUAAGCCGCUCAGACUUUGGAGAGUGAAGACAGUUUGCACUUUAGUGUCUCUUUACGCCUCUGUUUUCCCUGAGGUAGAUCAAGUGUCUGUUUUGGUGCCUUGCUCCCACCACACCUACUCCUGCAUUUGGCCUUAAAAGAACUCCUGCAUGUUUUUACAAUGACUGUGAUGGUGCAAGAUGAACUUCAUGACAUAUGCAACAAGCUUAAUGCUUUUGUAUAUGUGUGUGUAUAUUUAAGCUCACCCUAUGUGAACCAAAGGAUUGGCUGCUGUACUAAAGCACUACUGGUGCAUGUCAUUUCAGGACACAAGCCUCAGCAGUGAAAUCAUUCACACCACAUUGUUAGACUGUAUAUACUCAAGUGGCAACAACAUUGAAUUCCAGAUGUCCUCAAUCUUUACCUCAAAUAACCUUUACCUCAAAUAACCCAACAAGGUAGGGUUAUUUUUGCAAUACAAUGGGCCAGUUUCAUGCACUCCACCUCGAUGCGUUUAAGUUCAAAAUAGUAACCAACAUUGAAUUCUCAAACCUGUCAAUACAAGUGAUGAUAGUGAGAAGAAAACGAGAAAAACACUGACGGGGGAUGGGAGCAAAAGGGGGAAGGGAGAUGGAGAGAUGGAAAUGAUGGGGGUGGUCUUCAGCAACCAUGAACUCAGAGGAGGUUCACUGGGUUCAUGUGCUGCAGAGGAAUGUGGUUGGGGGUUGUGAAGCUUUUUCUAUUGACCUGGUCUCUGUAAGGUACGCGCAACAUGACCUCUUCCCUGGUUUACUAUAUCUACAAGUUAACCAUUAUUCUGUUUUGACCUUAAAGGGAGUGGUGGGCCAACCUGGUGUUAAGGUUACUGGGUGAUUGUCCUUAGUCACAACAGUCAAAUUCAGGUAUUGUCAGUCAAAAGAGGCCAUUGCCUGUUGUGUGACAUGAGGAGAAGGGUCGGUGGGUUCAUGUGUACAUUGAGUGGGGGAUGGGCAGCCCCUUCCUCUCUUCACAGAUACGUGCAAGGCGCUUAGGGGCACCCACCAGUCUUCAUGCUUAAACCAGGCAUUUCACAUCUAAAAAUACCAGUAAAGCCAACAUAAUAACCGACCUGCAAUUAAAGACUUAUGAGGAGAGAAAAUACCAAUCCAUAGGAUGAGUAUGGGACAGCUGAUCUGUUGAAUGUGUGUGCGUGGUCUUUGCAUUGUGGUAUACUGCAGGGCAAGUUUCAAGAGGGGGUCAUUGAGUUCACUUUGUAGUAACCUGAAAGUGGGGGGAAGCUCUGACAUGACCAUAUAUCAUGAAUCUCAACACUGACUGACUUGCUACAUUGUGUUCAAAGCUCAAUAAAUCACAUUUGAUUGUAUUUGUAAUUGAUUUAUGACAACAUCAAUGCUCUACACACAUAUUGACAUUUUUGAUGAAAAUAUAUUAUUUUCUUUAUUUUACACAGAUUUUUCUUCUUAUGCAGUUUUUCUUGUGGUGCAUCCUGGGAAAUGACAGUCAUUUUUUAUUUAUCAGGGAAUAUUACAGUCGCAACACUGAGUAUUUGAGUUGCAAAGAAGGCUUAGCAGUGAAACCGACAAGACAUCUUCAAAAAAAUAAAUUAAAAGGAAAUGAACCAAAGCUUUGAAGAAAAUAUGCAAGGCAUGUAUAAAUAAAAACAAUAAAACAUUAAAAGUGACCAUUAUACAAGCCAAUAUGCAGCAUGCCGAGGGAAUUAGAUAGAAAAUCUAAAUAAUAUACCGUAAAAUAUAAAAGAUAAAUUGAUUUAGUUAAAAUGAUAAAUUGGCAAGUGUCAAACAGAUAUUCCUUACUGGAUUCUACUGAAUCUUUCUGCUGACCAAGGUCAAGGAAAAGACAAGAAGGUGUAUAGAAGUGGGCUAUUGUUCAAAGUUGAAUGUGUCAUUGAAACCACCAGUGUUACUGAUGUUGCUUGGCGACUGACUCUGUAUCGCUUUUCACCUGUUACACAAUAGUUCGAUAAAAAAUAGUGAAAUAAAAUGUGAUGUUUGUCAGUUAUUAAAUAUAAUGGGCAUUUCCCUGACAACCUUGAUCUUAAAAUCAUUCUUUAUGUACAAAAUCAAUAUUAGAAAUAUAAUGUAAAUAAGUCUUAUACGGUGUGUCCCAAAUCGCAUACUUCCAGUACUAAAUACUUAAAAUUUUGAGUAUACUCAACGCAAAAUGGAAAAAAGUAUGGAUAGUAUGUGAAAAUUGAGUAGGCAAAAGUACCCGGAUGACGUACUCAAAUCGGUCAAGAUUGUGAGUAUCCAACUGUGGACACUCGCCCACACUCAUUUCAUCAGUAAGAAUGGCUGUGGACUGUUGUGGUGCCAGUGGGUCGAGCUUUGAACAGAUGUAAGAAAUAAGUUGCCCUUUACACAUGUUCUUUCCACCAAGCACCACCAGCGUUUAUUGUUUUGAGUAUAUUUGUGGUGUAACCUGGGUAAAAAGAAGAUGAACGAGCACAGGCAAAUGGUGGUGGUAAUUAGCUGAUGCAGAGCUAGCUAUAGACAAAUUGGCAUAGAAGAAGAAAUCGCGUCGUCAUUUCUGGUGAGUGCGCUGCGCGGCAGUGAGGGAUUUGGGACAACACUGCACCCUUGAAACUCAAGCACUGCACGAUUGAGUACAUAGUAUGCUUAGAAUACUCAAUUGAGAAAAAUCUAAGUAUUUAGUAUGGAAGUAUGCGAUCUGGGACACACUCUAGAGUUGUUUUUCUCCCUGAUAUAUUUGAUCUCAAAAUCACUAUUUAUGUACAAAUUCAAGAUUAGUAGUGUAAUGGAAUGUGAUGUAAAUAAGUCUCAUAGCAUUGGUUUUCUCCCUGACAUAUUUGAUCUUGUCAAGAUGAUAUUACAUGCCAGCAUCUCUAUUGUUCUAAAAAUAGUGAAAUGAAAUGUGAUGUUUGUCAGUCAUUAAAUAUAAUGGGCUGUUCCCUGACAUAGUUGAUCUUAAAAUCAUUCUUUAUGUACAAAUUCAAGAUUAGAAAUAUAAUUAAUAUAAAGUAAAUAAGUCUCAUCGAGUUGUUUUUCUCCCUGACAUGUCUGAUCUUGAAAUCACACUUAAUAUUCAAAUUUAAGAUCAGAAAUGUAAAGUAGUGUAAUGUUAAUAAUUCUAAUAGAGUAGCUUUUCCCCCUAAUUCAUUCUCUGUUAGACUUGAAGGAUGAGAUUACAUGCCAGCAUCUCUAUUGUUCUUAAUGCAGUUUUUUCUUUCUUGAUAAAACUCUAAUCUGUAUGAUGGACAUGCUGAGUUGCAUAAGGUAUGCCACUCUGAUAUCCUGGCGGGCUCUGCGUGAGCGUGCCUCUGUUUUGGGGGUUGUGUGUUUGGGGGCGGGGCUCUUAAAACUGUAUACAUCAGAUGCAUAGAACAUAUUGUGCAUCUCUUGGGCCGGCGUCGUUGUGCGUGCGUGUGUUUACCCCCGCCCGCUGUAGUAGAGCAGCUCUGCCCGACAUCGUGCACACGGGCGACACAUGAGUGGGCAGGACCCUGAGUGCCCGAGACGCAGCCCAAUCAGCGGCGAGUACAGCAAUCACUGGCUGGAUGAAUCGGCCAAUGGCGUGCGCCGCCGCCGGGACGACAGCCAAUAGAAUACGCGCAAAACGUGGGCACGUGGAUCCGCGCACAUGUUGACGCUCGUAAACUGUCGAGAGAAAGAGCUAGCAAAGACACAAACCGAUGAACCACCGGGUGGUACGUGUGUGUGUGUGUUAGAGAGAGAUAGAGAGAGAGAGCUGUGGCUGGCCGCCCCGAUGGUCCUCCAGCUCCGGAUCGUGCAUUGACGGAACCGUAAAGUCAAAGUAGGAGAUAAAGGCGUCAACAUUAUCUUCUGGCAGCGGCUGCUUUUACCUCACUUUACCGAAAAGGUGAGUAUUUCCUACGUUUUUCUGUUUGACGUCCAAGUUGGCGAGCUGGCCCGAAGGAAUUUCCUGUCCCGCUAUCCUGUUUGGAACAAUUUGUUAAAUCAGGCAAAGCAGAAUUUCUGAACGCGGCUGUGCUCCAUUUACCUCGUUAAAUAAUUUCUAUUUUAAUAUGCCAGAACAUUUGACCACCUUAUUGAAUUUCUGUGAUGUUUGAAUUAUUAUAUUUUUAUAUCUAUAUAUACGUAAUAUUCAGUCUUCUCUGACAUGUAAAAAUAGCAGAGCUUUGUUACAAGUCAACGGCACAUUAUGUAAAUGCAGGGCUUGAGCUCAUGUUGUGGGCAUCGUGGUGGGCUGACACAGACAGGCGGGAUACACCUGAGACGCAGCCCUAUGAUCCACGCGUACCUGUGCAGACUGUACCCACCACCAUACACCAUACACCGCCACCUCACACCUCACCUCCACCUCCACCUCAUCCCAUCCACUAUAUAUACACACACACAAAGACAGACAGACGGUGAACUCAGUUAUGCGGGGUUUUGGGAUUGGAUCAUUGUGUUCUCCUGCUAUUAGUUUCAGGUGACUCAUUCAGGUGCAUGUAAACAACAAGACAUUUGCUCUUGGACAACAACUUGUCUGACUGGAAGCAAGCCGUUUGAGUCAAAUAAAGCGUAAAUGUCACAGCAUGUUGUCUGUUUGAGAGGCUGAACAUAGACACUAAACAUCCUGUAGUCCUGAAAUGAGGACAUAUUGUGUGGACUAGUGAUUUGUUCUUGCUUUUCGUGUUGGCGUAAUGAAAAAGUCUUAAUUACUUUUUGCUUCAUCUGCCAGUUAUUGGACUUUUAUGAUAGUGGCAAAGGCUGUUCGAGUGUAUUCUGGUGACUCCCAAUUUCGCCCUGUGUUUUGGCUGGGAUCAGAGACUGGUAGUCCGGCAGAAAUGACAGAAAGCGAGCAAGAAUAGGCGUGAGACAAGAGGAGCCACAUGGCUAUAGACAGAGAAUGUGAGUAAGAGAGGAGGAAGAAGAGGAGUAGUUGGAGGGCUGGUCUGUGGAAGAGGAGAGAGGGAGAGAAGCACCAGGUUUGUGUGCAUAGCAAACAGGAUGAGCUGAAGAGAGAGAGGGAGAGAGAGAUGAGAGGCAUACAGAAAUGCAGCCGUACAGGAGAGAAACGUUUCUGUGUGUGUGUGUGUGUGUGUGUGUGUGUGUGUGUGUAUAUGUGAAUCCAAAGGGGGGGAUGGAGAGCAAGCCCGAGACAGAGAGGAGGGGCUAGAGAGAGCACCGGAGGCAGUGGGAUAGAGAGAGAGAGCGAGAGAGGAGAGAGACUGCCUAUUCUGAUUUCACUACUCUACAAGCCCCCAUCCCCCUCACGUUUUACUCUUCUCUCUAGUCUCCCAAUCUCCUCAAUGGGAGCCAGACAUUCACCACCAUUGUGUGCCUACUGCCUACCCCCAGUCCCACUCUGCACCAUGCUUAACUAGGGCACCAGUAUACCCACCAUUUUGAGUAAUUGGGGUUAUUAUUUUUGGGAGGGAGAUAAGAAAAAAUGGUGCAUUGCCAAUUGGAAAGCAGUUGUCUGAAAUGAUUUGGUUUAAGCGCCUUUCACUCCUUGUCUGUCCUGCUUUUCACUCGUGUUACAACUUCAAACUUACAGCUUUGGAGUGUUCAGACAUGCUGUUGUUUCUUUUUUUCUUCCUUUUUUUGUUUUGUGUGUCCAUAAUAAGCCUCUGCUGCUUCCUCCACAGAAAUGCAGUCCCAGGGCAGCACUUCCUCCCAGCCCUCCUUUGAUUCCCUCAGCUCCAGCGACAGCCUCUUAUUCAGUGACUCGGAGCAAGCGGAGGACGACACAGACGUCUUCCUGACGGAUGGCUCUUCCUCUGUCAUCAUCGGCAGUGUGGGCGGGUCAGCGUCCGGUGGAGACAGGGGUUCAGAGAGUCCCGGGUCCCAGUGGACGUGUGAUGGCUUCACUGAUAAAGAGGAAGAAGAGGAGUCGUACAGGUUGGAAGUUGGCAACGGAGGCAAGUCGGCUCGCAUCAGCCUGGAGGAGACAGACCGUUCAAGCCCGAACCAAAAAUCAGAGGGAGACCUGCUGUUUGCUCAAAAGGUACAGACUUUGAGAGCCCAGGAGCAGAGUGUGAUGAAAGAGGGAUGACAGGGCACAGAGGAAACCCAGCAGACUGGUUUAGACAGCAGAGCCCAACCCAAACUCUGUAGUAAUUUAUCUUCUUCUCUUUUCCUCUGUCAGUGUGCUGAGCUGCAGGGUUUUGUCAGGCCCCUGCUGGAGCUGCUGAAUGGACUGAAGAGGGGCCGCUUUGACCGCGGUAAGCAUCGUGACAUCACUGCUUCCUCACAAGCACGUGUUGAGACUUGGAGCUGCAGCUGUAGAUGCUGAACACAGGUUUAUAUGGCCUGUGUCCCAUGCAUUAGAGAGCGAUCCUCUGUGAGAGUGUGUGUGGAGCAGUCUGUAUUGACGCAGCCUAUUGAUGUAGUCCAAAGUGCAGAGUGUGUGUGUGUGAAGCGACAGUCUUCCCGCUGACUCAUCGGCUCACAAGUGUGUACUGAUAUCACACAGUGAAGAUGCUGUCUGAGAUAAAUAGAGCUCGUGCGUGUUCACAUGUUUAUGCCUGAUUUUCUUUGACUAUGAUGCCUAGGAGUAGAAAUGCUGACCGGGGAUGACUUUGUGAUUGACAGGUUUGAGUAGUUUCCAGCAGAGUGUUGCGAUGGAUCGAAUCCAGAGGAUCGUGGGGGUUUUACAGAGACCCAACAGCGGGUAAGAUGUCAGCCACAUUGUCUCUCUUCACCCUCAGAUAUAUUAUUUCUAUGUUGCAUCAUUACUUGUAGAUUACACAAGUUAUAACUAUUAAGGAGCAGCGGGUGAAGUCUUCCAUUUCAAGCCUCACCCCUUGUGUCAUAUUUUAUUAAACAGUCCUUGAGGCAGGUAGAGUUACAUCAUUCAGCAGAGGUGCAGGCAAACACCAAACUUUAGCAGAAUUUGCUCCUAGAUACAUACACGAGACGUUAAACAUCCAGAUGUUUUACCAGACAGUCACAUUGUAUCAUGCCAUAAUUUCCUCACUUCUAAUAAUCUUGUCACUCUUUGCAGGGAGAAGUACUUGAACACUCUUCUCCAGGUGGAGGUGAUGUUGAAGCUUUGGUUUCCUCAGAUCUCCACUCAGCCUGUGUCCACAGCCUCAAGCGUGGCCGCAUCUCCCGCUCGCUCCCUCCAAGAAACCUCCACCCCACUGCACAAGCACAGGGAUCAGUCUCAUAUUCCUGUUAAGGUGAGAAAGUAUGCAUUCCUGAGUGUACAGGAGUAUACUUGUCCUAACACAAACAGCCACUCCAUCUCCUUUCCCACAAACGUAGCUCUAUUUUCACGUACACGUUUCUCUGCUCUUUACAGAAGCGCAGGCUCAGCUGGACUGGCAACGACUCCCCAACACCUUCCCCUAUGCUUCUCAAGUGCCCUCGUAUCAGUGUAGAAGAGAAGAGGGUGAAGCACAGCCGUGAUGAAAGGGGCGGCCAACCUCUUACCAUGUACUUGGCCUCUGAUGUAGACCACAAUUCACCAGAUGUGGCCAGUAACAGCCAGCUCAACGAGGAAACAAAGGGAAAGGACAGUGACAGCGAAGAGCCAGGAAAACUGUCGAAAUACAAAGCAGGUCAGAGCUCUGAGCCCAGCCUGACAUGGGUUCACGUUGCCCCCAUCCUUUCCCCACGAAAGGCUUGCCCCUCACAUGAAGGCACAACAGGAGGUAACAACGAAAACCAGCCAGUCACUGCCGUCCCCCUGCCAACCAGGAGGGGCAGUCCGGCCAUGCAAGACAGCGCCGUCUCUUCUACGACACCCUACAAGCACUCAAAAAAUCCGAAGAAGCCUAACCGGUGCCAAAGCCAGCCUGUUGCUGGACAACAGAGUGAGACCACGGAGUCCUGUCAAGGUCCCAGUGUUACACUCAAGCCUUUGCCCAGUGUGUGCCCUGCCCCCUUAGAGACCUGAUGCACUGAGGAGCAAAAAACAGGCAGCAAUGCUUUGGUACAUCAGUAGGCUACACGCUGCUGAGAGAUGCUGAAAGGCCAACGAUUAGAGAUGUGUUUAAGAGAGGAAGGGAGAACGGAUUGGAGGUGAAAAGAAGUGAUGGAUCACACACAACCAUGCAUUAAUCACUUACUUAGAUCCGGCAUUGACAAAAACAGGACAUAAUGUGUUCAAAUGAAUCAGAUGUCACAAUUAGACAACAAUCUAAGCAUUUGCACAAGAGCAGUUGUGUGUAAGGUGAGUUAGGAAGAAAACCUGAAGCUUGAAGUCUAUUUACAGCUUCCUGCUUUAUGAUCAAUAGGAGGGAAAUUAGGAAGAAGCCUGAGGAGCAAGUAAUAGUUUCUCCUCAGCUUGAAAGCAAUCAAUAUAUUCAGAGAUGACUGUUUUGGCAGGCAUGUAACUCAAGGGACACAAGCUUGAUAUGAAAUUAGAAAAGCUUUUGAGAAUAUUCAGACUGAUGUUUCAUAGUGAAGAGGUUGCUUUGGUUGAGAUUUCAAACACAGUGUGAGCUGAUUUGAUUCCAGCCUUGUGGCAGGAGACACAAAAGACUUUUGCAUUCACUUGUAGAUAGAGUUGACGUGUCUGGCUUUAAAAGGAAAUUGAAGUCUGAGGUCAAUUAAAAUCUCAUCGCUCGCGACAUGAGAAAAACACAAUGUACAGAAUGCAGCAUUAUGUGUGGUGUGAUGGAGUCAUUAGAAACAUAGGAACAAUGAUGUCAUCAUCUCACGAAUGUAAUCCAAGAACUUUUUGGGGGGCAUCAAGAGGAGGAGGAGCAGCAAUCAGAGGUCAUGUAAACUUCUGCCCAGUGCUCUGCUAAGCGCACAAGAAAACUGACGGGCAGCCAGUGUCAUGUACCUCCAAGAAGAAGAAGAAAAGAAACAAGGACCACUUAAAGACAUGUGACUCCAAUGGUUAAUUUAUUCAUGUGUAGAUCGGACACUGCAUUUAUUUAUUGUUUGUAUUUAUUUACUGGGCAGCUGAAUAUCGCCUUCUGUGCUCUUGCAUAAGUUGGUCUAUAAUUUGUUUUGAGGAGUUCAAGAAGAUGCUGUUGACAGUUUGUGGGUUUUUUAUUACUAUCACAAGGUUUAAAAAAAAAAAAAAGUAGAAGGAAAGGAAGUGAAAUCUUAUGAUUGGAAUAUUGGGACUACUGUGCCUUUUAACCAAAUAACAAUAGGAUGUGUUCACAAAAAGCAUUUGGUGCUUUCAGUGCAUUCAUACUACGUUUUGAUUGUGUUGCUUUGAUUUCGAAAAAAAUCAGUACACACAUGCAUUCAAUCAUGAAAGCCUACAUGUAGUAAUUUUCAUCCUGCUUCUACACACAAACCAACAGUAUCAGUUACUCUAUCAAACACUCCACAAUCCAGACGACUACAGUUAUUCCAAACUGCCUAAAACUACAGCGGUGGUAACUUCUGGUCACAUUAUAUUGAAGUGUAGCCUUCCUUUGUGUCAGCAGAGGAACAGACUUAUCUGCAUCUAUUGCUCGUGCUCUCUAAAACUUGAAAGAAUACAGAGGAAAUAUAAACGUGAUGAGUAAAAUCGUUUUGCACCACCCUCUACUGCUGCUAUUGUUAUUCUAAUUCCAAUUCUGUUAAGAUGUAUGAUGGGAGGCUCUCUCUUGGGAAUCACAAUAUUUCAAAUGUGGUAGGGGGUUUCAGCGAUAUGAUUGGAUUUAUCUUUAUUGCAAAAAGUACUGUAAAUAUUGAGAAAAAGAUAUUUUUAAAUUGCUAUGAGUGCUUCAUAUACUAUUUCGUCAGUAGAGAGGAGUGAUAUCUUCAUGACAGACUCCUUCAACAAACAAAAAGCACCACAUGUGAACACAGAGCCACUGGCAGCCUCCAUGUUACUGCCUAUGUUAUGUUUGUGAGGGAAGGAGUAUACAAACCCUCAGUCAGACCCAGAGUCGGAUUGUCUCAGCCCAAACGUGACAGCGUGCGGUACCAGACACUGACUCUGGAUCAGAGGCUGGGGGCAUCCUUGGCUUCUUCCUCCUGUUUAUAACGGUUGUGGUAUGACAGAGAAACCAAUUGCACUUAUUUUUCAUUGUCCUUUUUUCAUGUAUGUUUUCUACUGCAGUGACCACUGCUGAUUGGUCAGGAAUAAUAUGUCUCAUUCUUUUUUUUUCUGGCUGCCUUUUUUCUUCCUAAACUGUAAAAGCUGACUGUAGUACCCCCCCCAGUCCUCCCCUCCCCCACUCUGCAGCAUUCGUCUGCCCUUGCCCUCUCUCCUUCCGUCGUCUCUCUCAAUCCUGUUAGUAUCAUUUCUUUCUAACUUAACUCUGUCUUUCUCUCUCUCCACUCAUCUUAACAUAUUACUCUUCUGACUUUUUCAAUAAUGGUGGAAAAGAAAAAAAAAAGUCUUUUAAUAAAUGACACUUUUCGGAAGCUGAA